AUGGGAGAUAAGUCUACUCAUGCAGAUCAGAUCAUCCAGUGUGGCUUGGUCCAUACCAUUCCAAGCGGUGCCAGCCUUGCGAGGUUCCUCCAGAAGUACAACUAUCAGGAUCCGCUCGACAACACUAAGCUCGACAACUAUGCGGACAUGACAGGCGGAGCCGACUUCUUUGCUACCUGUGCAAAAGAUCCGGAGCAAUUGGGCAGUUCAUUCAUCGGCCUCAUGACGGCGUUGCGAAACCAAAAGGUGCCAUGGACCGACGUGUACGACACGACCGACUUGGUCUCAAAUGCCGAUCUGAAAAGCGGUGCACGGCUCUUCGUCGACAUUGGAGGAGCCCAUGGCCUCGAUACCGAACGCCUGCUCGCAAGACACCCAUAUCUACCCUCUGAUGUCCUCGUGGUGCAUGAUCAUCGGAAGUCGUCGCGACGACACCGGAAGAGCUGGAACCACGUGUGA